GUACGGUGUUUUCUUCGACAUUGGCGGAGAACGAGAUGCCCUGUGCUUCACAGCCCAGCUAGAUGACGAGCUCUCCAACUACAAGGAGGGGCAGAAGGUCCAAGGCCUUCGCAUUGCAAAGAUUGAUGGUGAGAAGAUUGAAGUCACCAC